CUGGGUAUAAAAGCAAGGUAAAAUUGGUUGAUAGCUAUUUUCAGUUUCUGGUAAUUUUCAGUUAUAUCAUAAUAAUGAAACUCUCUCUACUUUUCAUGCUAUUCCUUCAAGGAAUGGCUCUAGUCGCUUCAAAGCCAAUGAUGAUGAGCUACUGUGCCCAACCAAGUCGUGAAGACAUACAAAGAGUGCUGAAUAUCAAUGCUAGUACAAUACAGAGGACUCAUUUCACAUGUCUUGCAGUAAGAGGGCGCAAUCUGUAUCAAUCAGCAUCAAUAUUGAUCACUUAUAACUCAACCAAUGGGGAGAACGUUACUAAUCAUUUCGAACUUGAGUGCCAUAAAGAAAGAGAGUCGGGCAGAUGGGACCUGGAGUCUAAAGAACUAACCAGCAAUACCUCACUCUUUGACUUGCAGACGAGGUACGAUUGCUAUAAAUGUCUUGGGUCAAGUGGUCCAGAGAAAAAGAAGAAGAAGCCGACUAGUACAGUGUACGAUGCAGAAACACACUGUCAAGAAUGCAACGUAGUCUGUCAUGGCUGGGGAGGGGGUCACUGCAAGAGUCCCAGCGAAGGAAGCUGCUGUCCUUAUUUUGACUCUAAUGGUGUUUGCACACAAGACUGCAACGAAGGGAACCAGUGCUCAAGUAAUUGCUCAUUGGAAUGUGACAAUGGUGGUAGUCCCAACAGCAACUGCACAGCCUGUGUCUGCCCAGAGGGCUAUACCUUCACCCAGUGUGAGAUAAGAGUGUGUUCUCUUGAGUGUAGCAAUAAUGGUACAUGUACAUUUGACUCGUACGGCAACAUGACAUGCAACUGCACCAGAGGAUAUCAAGGUAGCACUUGUGAAGAGAGUCCUUGUUUGAAUGGAGGCAACUACACCUUUGAGGGAGAGCCUUGUGUGUGUCCUGAGGGAUUCAACGGGACAUUCUGUGAAACAGAGGAAUGCGAUUGCUUAAAUGGAGGAGUGUGUGUGAACGAUGGCACCGAGACAUACUGUAACUGCAGUUUGACUGGCUAUGAGGGAAGCAAGUGUGAAGAGGAAAUCAAUGAGUGUGAUGAAAACUCGCCUUGUCAGAAUGGAGGGACAUGCAUUAAGUCACCAGCUGGAAACUACUCGUGCAUCUGUCCUCCUGGCUACACUGGGAUAGACUGUGAGAAUGAAACCAGUCCUUGUGAUCUGUUGGCUCCAUGUCUCAAUGGAGGGACAUGCAAUGACACAAUAGAUGACUAUACCUGUAUCUGUCCUCCUGGCUACACUGGGACAAACUGUGAAGAAGUAUUCAAUCCUUGUGAUCCUCCCUGUCUCAAUGGAGGGACCUGUAUCAUUGAUGAUGAUACUUCACUGCCUUUCUGUGAGUGUUUUAACGGAUGGCAAGGAGAUCAUUGUCAAAACUGUGGAUUUGAUUAUUGUGUCCCUACAACCAUUGGAUCCGUUGAUGAUGGAAGUGGAGCUAAUGUUGUUUUGAUACUAAUAAUAGUUCUGUCAGUGAUUGUUACAUUGCUACUUGUAUCUGCUAUAAUAUUAGCAGCUGCUUUAUAUAAGAGAUACAAGCGUCAUAAAGAUACACUCAAUACAGCAACUGUGACUGACGUUUGGGAUGGUGAUAAAGUGACGGAAAACCCAGUGUAUAUAACCCCGGGUCUUAUAGCAUCAGGCUCUUACCCGCCACUUGUCCAGUCUUAAAGUAUUUACUCAUGUACACAUUAUAGAGACGAGUCCUUAAUUUAUUAUAGUCCAAUUUGUAUUUAAUUUUAUUUUUAAUAUAAUUUAUCAAUUGCAAAGCUUGGUUCAUUUAUA